AUGAAGGAGAGUUUUCCUUUGGUAGAACCUCCUAUAGCCACACAAGAAUUUCCAUUAAAAAGAAUUCAUCGGGUUAAGCAGAAAUCCCAGGCAACAGGAGGUGUGAGUGAGGGGAUUACUAUUGCUGCCUAUGCGGGUAGCCUGAAGAAUCAUACUGUCACUCAAGCUGAGGGAAUGAACCUCCCAUGGGGUCUGAAGUUUGCCACUGCUAUAGGUAUUAGACAACUGGAAGUUGAAGGUGAUUCAAAAGUAAUUGUGGAAGCUGUCAGUAGUAGAUCUGUAGCGGGUUGGAAAGUGGAAUCUAUUUUGAGGGAUGCAAGAAUGUUUCUGGCUAACCUUGACAGUUUCACUAUCUGCCACAUUUUCAGAGAAGGGAAUGCGGCUGUUGACUCUAUGACUGUUGUUGGUAGGCUACAAGAUAGCUUACAGUGUUGGAGGAACACUGAUCUACUGCCAAUGAUCACCAAGGAGAUCUUGGAGAAAUAA